CAUGCAAACUAAUAGCUCAUACACACACACAGACACACAAAAAAAACCGCUCUGGAUUAUUUUAUUUUUCAACUUAUCUCCACACUUCAUAUACAAAAUAAAAAAGCUCACCCCAUGUCAGUGCCACUAAAGGCUGGGCAACAGCUCGUGCCGAUAGCCAAAUUCCGGCCGUUCAUGCGCGGGUUUGACUGCGAGGUGAUUGUGCUGGAGACCGCAGUGCCGACAAACAUAAGGGACGGCCACACAAUCCACACUUUUCUCGUGGCCGACCGCACAGGCAGCAUUAUGAUGACCAUCUGGGACGCCGAAGGCAUGUCCAUCCGCAACGGCGACAUUAUCCGCAUCGAGGGCGCCGAUGCUAAGCUGUUUAGGGGAUUCCUGCAGCUGACCACCACCCGCUUCGGCAAAAUCAAGCGUGUGGGCGAGGACACUAUGCUGUUCAAGGAGCACCCCAAUUUUAGCGAGAUGAUGUGGGUCACCGAGGAGGAGGCCAGGAGUGCAGAAGCAGCAGCAGCAGCAGCAACGGCAAGUUGAUUUUUGAAAGAAAAAUAGUGGGGUUUUAAAUGUAAUAAUAAUAAAAUGCUAGUUGUACAGUA